AUGGCCUCUACCGAUUCUACAACUGCCAACGGCGCUGAGCCGUCAGCUGCCCAGAAGCUGCUUCAGACUCACGUCGACCAUCACCCCACGGUCGAGGAGGUUCCUGACGAGGACCUCCCCCUCAAGAGCAAUGCCGGUGACUCCGCCUCUUGGGCCGAGCCCCAGUCAUCCAAGGCUGCUGGCAAGCAGAAGGAGACCUCCGUUCCCGGAAAGAAGAUCGAUCCCAACGAUCAGACUCUCUUCCCCGAGCUCGGCGCCGGAAAGCCCAAGAGCAGCCCCAACGUCGCCCCCAUCUGGGGAGCCAAGAGCAACGUCUCUACCCCCGCCAACGGUCUCUCUCGCUCUUCCACCCCCGCCUCGGGCGGUGUUGCGACCCCCAAGAAUGCUGCCCCCUCGAUGUCGAUCCCCGGUCGCAACGUGGAAACGGUUGUUCUGGAGCCCCAGUUCAUCCUUCCCCGUAACCAGCUCAGACGCCCCAUCCCGGACAUCAUGAAGGACAUCAACCGCAAGUCGCGCGCCAACAUCACCUUGUCCACCGCCACCAACGGUCGUCUCAAGUUCGACGCUACUGGUCCUCAAGACGUUGCUCAACAGGCACUCAAGGAUCUUGUCCAGCAGAUCGGAACCAAGACCACCAUCAAGGUCCCGAUUCCCCAGUCUGCUCGCGCCCACAUCAUCGGCAAGGGAGGUUCCACCAUCAAGUCCAUCCAGGAGAAGUCUGGUGCCCGUGUCCAGCUUCCCAAGGUCGAGGACGGUGCUACUUUUGACGAGGAUGACGACUCCACCAUCGAUGUCCUCGUUGAGGGCAACGCCUUGUCUGCUGCUUCUGCCCGCGACCAGAUCAUGAAGAUUGCCGGCGAGCGCGCUGCCAACGUCAACACCAAGCUUCGUGGUAUUCCUGCUGAGUUCUACCCCUUCAUUGCGGGCCCCAGCAACAGCCAUGUCAACCGUUACGAGACCGAUGGUGUUCAGAUGCGUGUUCCUCCUCACCAGAUUUGGGCUCCUCGCGGCCGUAACAUGGCCGUGAACGAGGGCGAGCGCCCCGUCUUCGUCCCUGCCGGUGAUAACCACAUCCAGCUGGCCGGUGACCGCGCUGCUGUGCAGGCUGCCCGUGCUGAGAUCGAGCGUCGCGUCCAGGAGCUGCAGCAGCAGCUUGCUGUCGACCAGUUCAGUCUUCAGAAGGGCCGCCACCAGUUCAUUGCUGGCCGCCGUGGCGAGACUCUCGAUGAGUUCUUCAACGAGACGGGUUGCACCAUCUUGCUGCCCACUGAUGAGGAUGAUGACUCCGUUACCGUCAUUGGCCCUGCUGCCCAGAUCAGCAAGGGUGUUGAGACUGCCAUGGACAGAGCCAUGAACAUGCAGUUCUCUACCUUCGACAUUGGCCGUUUCCACAAGGGUGCCCCUGGUGGUGUUUCUAGCCACGCUCGCAACGUCACCCGUUUCCUGAGACAUCGUGACAUGUUUGACGACAUCGAGAGGGCUCACAGCACUCACAUCAACACCCCCCUCGGUGCCAACGGCGCUUCCCCUUACGAGUUGUACGCGCGUGAUGGCAAGAACGUUCUCCAGGCUCAAUCCGCCAUCGAGAAGCUUGUUCACGCCAUCCCGCCUGCCAGAAUCGUCCCCAUCCCCGUCGACCCCUUCUACCACCAGUACCUGAACAAGGAUAUCAGCCCCCGCAUGAGAGACAACCACGGUGUCCACGUUGUCCUUCCUGAGGCCGGAGAGAUCGACGCCCCUGUCCUCCUUGUCUUUGAGGGACCCUCUGCUCCUGAGUCCAAGCCCCAGAUCAAGACCGGUCGCCCGUCUCAGGACGAAAUCCGUGCUUUCCAGCAGAGCUUGGAGGAUGCUCGCAAGCAGAUUCUCGACAUCAUCAACAAGCAGGAGCAGAUUGCUUCUGCCUCCAUCGAUGUUCCCCAGAAGUUCCACGAGCGCCUCCGCCGUUUCAUCAAGAAGGAGCAGGCCAACCGUGCCGAUGACCAGAUCCCCAUCCGUGUCUCUUCUGUCGGCACCGUUGUCACUCUCCGUGGCCCCGCCUCUGCCGUCAAGAACCUCGAGGCCAAGGUCAACGCCUUCGUUGAGCAGGAGAAGGAGGAUGAGAAGGAGCGUGGCUUCACCAUGUCCUUCGACUUCCCUCAGAAGUAUGCCAACCACCUUAUCGGCAAGGGCGGCUCAAACAUCAAGGAAUUGCGCGAGCGCUUCGACGUCGAGAUUCAGGUUCAGGAUGGCAAGGUCGAGCUGAAGGGCCCCAAGGCUAAGGCCGAGGCUGCCAAGGCCCACAUCAGCUCCCUUGGUCGCACUCUCGCCGAUGAGGUUACUCACGUCCUGAAGGUCGAACCCAAGUUCCACAGAGAGCUCAUUGGUUCUGGAGGAAGCGUCACCAACCGCCUGCAGUCCAAGUACAAGGUUCUCAUCUUCUUCCCCCGCUCUGGAAAGAGCAACAAGGAUGAGGAGGAGAAUGACGCUGCCAGCGACGCUGGCAAGCCCAAGCGCGUGCAGAACCCCGACGAGGUUAUCGUUCGCGGUCCCAAGAAGGGAGCGGAUGAGGCUCGCGACGAGAUUCUGUCUCUUCUCCAGUACCUGAAGGAUACCUCCUUCACCGCAACCGUCUCUGUCCAGCAGAAGCAGGUCCCGUCAAUCAUUGGCCAGGGUGGCGCUGCGCUGGAUGAGCUCCGCCAGACCACCGGUGCCAAGAUCGACAUCCCCAGCGGACGUGAUGCCGAGACCGUCGAGAUUCAGAUUAAGGGCACUAAGUCUCAGGUCGCUGCUGCUAAGAAGGCUCUCGAGGAGAAGAGAGAUGUUUUCAACGACACCGUUGUGAAGACUAUUGAGGUUGAUAAGAAGCACCACAAGUCUCUCAUUGGUGCUGGAGGUGCUACCCUCCGUGAUAUCGUUGUCAAGGCUGGCGGUUCUGACGACCGCCGCGAGCUUGCACGCACCAUUCAGUUCCCCAAGCAGGAGGCUGAUGGCAACACGAUCAAGAUCGAGGGCCGCUCGGACGUUGUCAGCAAAAUCGUUGCCAGGAUCGAGGAGAUUGUCGCGGAGAAGGACAGCCAGGUCACCGAGAUUCUGGAUGUCCCCACCGAGAAGCACAGAACCCUCAUCGGUCGCGGUGGAGAGGCCAAGCGCCAGCUCGAGUCCCAGCUCAACGUCUCCAUUGACAUUCCCCGCCAGGGUGACGGCAAGACGGGCGUCAAGAUUACUGGUCGCCCCGAGAAUGUCGAGAAGGCGAAGGAGCACAUUGCCUCUCUCGUCAAGGAGCAGGAUGGCGAGACUCUGCAGGUCCCUCGUGGUCUGCACCACGCCAUCUCCAACAACGGCCAGUUCUUCCGCCAGCUCCGCAACAACCACCAGAUUUCCGUCGAUCACGCUGGCGCUGCCCUGCCCGCCAAGCCCAGCGCUGGCGCCAGCCGCAGCAACGGCGGUGCUCUGCCUCUGAUCACCGACGACGAGGAUGCCGUUGCCGAUGCCCACUCCUGGAAGGUUGUGGAUACCGGCGCCAGUGAGGACGGCGAGAUCCCUUGGGUCUUGCGCGGUUCUCCCGAGAACAUCGAGAAGGCCAAGGCUGCCAUCGCCGCCGCUAUUGAGCAGGCCCGCAAGAACACCCACACUGGUUACCUUGUCCUUCCCGACCCCAAGACCUACCGCUACGUCAUUGGCCAGGGCGGCAGCAAGGUCAAUACCAUCCGCAAGCAGAGCGGUUGCAAGAUCAACGUUCCUCGCAACGACGCCAAUGAGGACGCCAUCGAGGUUAUCGGCACCGCUGAGGGUGUUGAGAAGGCCAAGGACCUGAUCCUGGCUGCCGUGCAGGAGGGCCUCAGCUCGCGUGCGCCCCGGGAUUAG